CCUGUAAACUCAAAACCACCACAAAAAACAGAAACACCAAAAGCACUUUCUCUGUUUUGCCUUUUGUAUGUAAAACUAGGACCUUCCGCUUGUUGUAUUACUUAUGAAGAUGCAGCAGCCUUGCAGUGGAGAAAUGCAAGGAAUGAAUUCACACUUCGAUCAUCAACAAAACCACCACCAACAGAUCCAUCAUCAAAACCCUCCCUUUGAUCCUUCUUCUCAAGAUGAUUUCCUCGAACAAAUGUUAUCUUCUAUUAAUCCUUCCUGUUCGUGGAGUUCCGAGCUGAAGUCCCCCUGGGUUGACCUUGGCGCUUCUGCUUCUGGGAAACUCAACAUUGACUCCAAUUCGGCCUCCGACGAAACGGCGCCGUCGACCCACGAGAAUGUUGGCUUCCAGUUCGAUGACUCUCUGCUUUUAGCUUCCAAGAUGAGGCAACACCAGAUCAGUGGUGGUUCCGCCGGAGUUAACGUUUCACCGGCUGCUGCCGCGGCCGCCGCUAAGUUGAUGUUGCAGCAACAGAUGAUGAUGGGCGCUAGAACCGGCAUGGGGAUGCCGUUAUCCCUUGGAAAUGGUGGCGAAAACGACAUCGUUGAUGCGUCUUCCUUUAAGUCUCCUACCAGUCAUCAGGGAGGGGAGGGUUCAGUGCAGGCAAUGUUUAAUGGGUUUUCCGGAUCUUUGCAUGGAGGGGGUCAGGGUUCGAACCAGCAAGCUCAACAUUUUCAUCAUCCUCAGGCACAAAGUUAUGGGGCAACAACGCAGGUGAUGAACCAGGCUCAGGCUCAGACUCAGACUCAGCCUCAGGUUCAGGCCACUGGGUCAACCGGAGGAAACACGCCGGUCCAGCCAAGACAAAGGGUCAGGGCUCGGAGAGGUCAAGCCACUGACCCUCAUAGUAUAGCUGAAAGGUUACGCAGAGAAAGGAUUGCAGAGAGAAUGAAGGCUCUACAAGAACUCGUACCAAAUGCCAACAAGACAGACAAGGCUUCAAUGCUAGAUGAGAUCAUUGACUAUGUGAAGUUCCUACAGCUGCAAGUGAAGGUUCUGAGCAUGAGCCGAUUGGGCGGUGCUGCUGCUGUAGCUCCCCUUGUUGCUGAUAUUUCCUCUGAGGGAGGAGGAGCAGGAGGUGGUGACUGUAUCCAAGCGAAUGCCAACGGUACAGGUGGCUCCCACAGUACACGUAAUCCUAAUGGUAACCAAACAGCGUCAUCUAACGACAGUUUAACGGUGACGGAACACCAGGUGGCCAAGCUGAUGGAAGAGGAUAUGGGCUCCGCCAUGCAGUACUUACAAGGCAAAGGCCUUUGCCUCAUGCCUAUCUCACUUGCCACUGCGAUCUCAACGGCCACGUGUCACAACAGGAGCCCUAUGAUCAACAAUCUGGGUCCCAACAAUAAUCCCUUACUCCAGUCCAACGGUGAAGGACCUUCCUCUCCUAGCAUGUCUGUUUUAACCGUCCAGUCUGCUACCGUGGCUAAUGGUGCAGCCGACGCCUCCGUGAAAGACGCUGCCUCCGUUUCCAAACCAUGAUAACGGCGAAACUGACUUUCGAUUGAGGCUUCCCAAAGUCUACGAAAAUAAGACGACCUUUAAUUAACGUUAUCACGACGUCGUAUUUGUGUAGACUUUGUGGCUAAAAGCUAACAAAUCCAAGAACGAGUAUUAUCUUUUUUAAUUUUUAAUUUCUAAAUUGGGACCUGUCUUUUUUCUUUA